AUGGCUUCCUGGCGCGAUGAUUAUAUAAAAGCUUUACGAGAUCGCGAUGAGCGCGAACAAACCAGCUACCAGCGCUUUGAUCCUUCUUUCAUAGACGCUUAUACUCAGCUGCUCGACAAAGUCUCUGCUCAAACUGCAGCUGCAGCUGUUAACGACACCUCAUCUACCUCCGCCAAACCCUCAUCCCUCUCUUCUUCCGCCACAUCUCAAAAAGCAAUCUCCAAAAAUGCAAUCCAAACUCAAUCUUUAACCUCUUCCGAGGUCCUUCAGCUCCGCGCUUCCUUAUCCGAAGCACUCCGUUCCUCUUCGCACUUCCAAUCACGUUUGAAGAUCACCGAAACUUCACUUCAGGCUUUGCGCACCAAAAGUGCUUCAGUGUCCAAACAGUUAGAAACUUUAACUCGAGAACGAAGCAUUCUGGAGAGGAAGAUUAGGGAUCGAGAUGAGGAGUUGCGAGCUAAGACUAAGGGGUUUCAUGAUGUGCAAGAUGAGAUGAUAUCUCUGAAUUUGCAGCUCAAUAUAGCAGAGCAGAAUGAGAAAAGAGCAAAAGCGGAGAAUAAAGAGUUGAUUGACAGGUGGAUGGCUCAAAAAGGAAAGGAGGCAGAUGAAAUGAACAAAAAGUUUGGGACCUGA